AUGCUUCUCUUUCUUCGUCUCUUUCUUCUUUCCCCUUUGAUUAAAAAAUUCUUCUUCUUCGAUUCAUUUAUUCCAGUUCCCCACUUUUAUCAUAUACUCUUUUUGUUGCUUCUUUCUCUUUACCAUAAGCAUUACCUUCUUCUUUCAAAUGCAUUCAUUUUCUAUUUACUCUCACACAACAAAAUUCAUUUCCCCCUUUUCUUCUUCCUUCAUUAUUUCUUUAAGUUUUUCUUUUUUGCCUGUUCCAGCUUUCCUCCCAUCUUGUCACAACUGCUUCCAGCUGAUUUUUUGGGUCCUACUCUCAAUUAUAAGCCUGUUCUUUUUCAGCUUUUCUUCCAUUCCUCCUGUCCCACUUCCUUCUCACUCUCAUUUGCAACCAUGUUUUCUUUUUGCUUCUCUUCCUAUUUUCAUCUGCUUCCCAUUCUUUAUCAUGCACCAGUCAGUGCAGUCAUUCUUUUCUAUAACCUUUUCUCCCCUUCCUGCUACUAUUAA